AUGGAUCGCUCUAAGAAACCCUCCGCCAUUGGCGUGGGAGCCUCCCUUCCCCAACCGACCAUUUCCUUUCGCGAUAACACUGUCGAAGCUACCCUUCCCAGCGGCGAGUCCGUCACCGUGCAUCUCUACGGCGCCACAGUCACCUCCUGGAAGCUCGCAAAUGGCAAAGAACAGUUGUUCCUGAGUCAGAAAGCGCACCUGGAUGGCUCUAAGCCCAUCCGUGGCGGGAUUCCCGUGGUGUUCCCGGUCUUCGGCCCUCCGCCGCAGAACCAUGCGACAUCUGCGCUUCCGCAGCACGGGUUCGCCCGGAACUCGACUUGGGAGUUCCUAGGAAAGUCAUCGUCGGAAUCGCUAGGUCGGGACCGGAAGGAUGGUGACGAUACCGUCAAGCUGGAUUUCGGAUUGUCGCACCCCAUGCUCAGUGCCGAGUUCCAAAAGGCGUGGCCGUAUGAAUUUGGUCUGGUGUACAGUGUGACCUUGACGAAGGACAGCCUGGAGACGUCGCUGCAGGUGCAGAACAAGGGCAGUCAGAACUUUGACUUUCAGGUUCUGAUGCAUACGUAUCUGAACAUCGAAGACAUCUCCCAGAUCCGUGUGAAGAACCUCGAAUCGACUACCUACGUCGACAAGACUCAGAAUGCCUCCGUCCACACGGAGCAGUCCCCCGCGCUGGAGAUCAACAAGGAAACCGAUCGUGUAUACAAAUCGCUGGAUCCCAAGGUUCCCAUCAUCGUGUCUUCAACGGUCGACGAUCAGCCACUGUUUUCCGUUGCGCGCCAGGGCCUGAACGAUGUCGUCGUGUGGAACCCUUGGAUUGAAAAGGCCAAGGGAAUGGCUGAUUUCGGCCCCGACGAGGCGUACAAGAACAUGAUUUGUAUCGAGGCGGGCUCGGUGGCCAGCUGGCAGACGCUAGAGGCGGGUGACUCCUGGGAGGGCUCGCAGAUCAUCCGCGCGAGGCUGUAG